UUAAAGGUGUCCGGCCCGGCGCUUUUUCAAGGUGGUAAGUAAAGAUAUAAAGUGAUAACACACUGGUUGAUAAUAUUUCAAAAGUAAACUUACAAAACACAUGUAUACUAUAUCUAUCAGGCAGUAUUGGCUGCUGGAAAUAUAUCCAUUUUUCUGGACGAGGUGAGAUCAGUCCUUGGUGGUGUGUUUGAAAUCCUGUCGUUGGUUGUCCGUUUUCGCUCGAAAUGUAUUUAAUUUUAUACGGUCGCCAAACUCGAAUCAGUUUCAUAUCCUCUAAAACAAUCCUGAAAAAACUUUCAACAUCUAUAUGUUUGCGUAGGGAAUUUUACUGGAAUGAUCGGUAUGAUAAUAAUGAAAAGAAAUUUGACAAAAUACUCAUAGCAAAUCGAGGUGAAAUCGCCUGUCGUAUAAUCCAGUCAUGCAAACGAUUAGGGAUUCGUACUGUUGCUAUUCACAGCGAAGUGGAUUAUUCGUCUCGUUUUGUGUCCAUGGCAGACGAAGCAAUAUGUGUUGGUCCACAUCCAAGUUCCCAAUCUUAUCUAAAUAUGCCUGCUAUCUUAAAUGCUGUAAAGUCAACAGGUGCCCAAGCAGUACAUCCUGGUUAUGGCUUUUUGUCAGAAAACGCUCUUUUUGCUGCAGAGUUGGAGAAAAUGAAUGUUGUCUUCCUUGGUCCCAAUUCUAGAGCUAUCAAAGUUAUGGGAGAUAAAAUUGAAAGCAAACGAGUUGCUAAUCAAGCUAAAAUUAAUUGUAUCCCGGGUUAUGAUGGAGAAGUGAAUAGCCCAGAUGAAGCUGCUAGGAUUGCUGCUGAAAUCGGUUAUCCUAUUAUGAUCAAAGCAUCAGCAGGUGGUGGAGGUAAAGGUAUGCGUAUAGCAUGGAAUGAAAAAGAAACUCGUGAAGGUUAUCGACUUUCGAAGUCGGAAGCAAAAGCCAGCUUUGGAGAUGAUCGUAUGUUAAUUGAAAAAUUUAUAGACAAUCCAAGACACAUUGAAAUACAGAUACUAUGUGACAGACAUGGGAAUGCUAUAUAUCUUAAUGAACGAGAGUGCUCAAUCCAAAGACGCAAUCAGAAGGUUAUUGAAGAAGCACCUAGUACAUUUUUGGAUCCAUCUUCUCGUAAAGCAAUGGGAGAACAAGCUGUCUCAUUAGCCAAAGCAGUUGGUUAUGAUUCUGCAGGAACUGUUGAGUUUUUGGUUGAUUCCAAACGUAAUUUCUAUUUUCUUGAGAUGAACACUCGACUUCAAGUGGAACAUCCAAUCACUGAGUGUAUAACUGGUGUUGAUGUUGUACAUCAAAUGCUUCGAAUUGGUAAAGGCCAUUCAUUAAUGUUAUCUCAGUCUGAUAUACCUGUAAAUGGAUGGGCUUUUGAAUGUCGUGUAUAUGCUGAAGAUCCAUAUAAAUCAUUUGGUUUACCAUCUAUUGGGCGUUUACGUACCUAUAGUGAACCUUUGCACAUUCCUAAUGUUCGCUGUGAUAGUGGAAUCAAUGAAGGAUCAGAGAUUUCCAUACACUAUGAUCCUAUGAUCUGUAAACUUGUUACAUAUGGACCAGAUCGUCAAACUGCCUUAAACACUAUGACCAAAGCUUUGGAUAGUUAUGUUAUUCGUGGUGUGACUCAUAAUAUUCCUUUACUUCGUGAUAUUGUCACUGAAAAACGUUUUGUAUCCGGAAAUAUUUCGACACAGUAUCUAUCUGAAGUAUAUCCUGAUGGAUUCAAAGGCAAAGUACUUGAUCAAAAGGAACUAGAUACACUAAUUGCUGUUUCUGCGUCUAUAUUUGCCAAAAAUGAUGCACGUAUUCGAAAUUUUUCUCGAGAAUCACAAUGGGAUUUAGUUGCAUCCCUGAAUGAAAAUCAUGCUAAUACGGAUUCAAAAAGACGUUUAUUUGUUCGUUGCAUUGUAACACAUGAUUGUUCAGGAUUUCAAGUUCGUAUGUCACCGUGGAUACCUCCUAAGCAUAUUAAUCAACAGGAUGUACAUGUUACUGCUCAAUCUUCAAUAAUUCAAGAAACAGUUGUUAAUGUAGCUGAUAAUUUUAAAUUAUCUGACAAGGUUAUAAUUCAUUCAUCUAAUGGUAAUGAAGUAAUUUUACAGUUACUCGACAAAAGUAUCAAUAAUGUUCGCUUACAAUAUCUUGGUACUGCAUUCCCUAUCGAAAUAAUGAAUACAACAGCAGCAUGGCUUCGUGCUGCUUACAUGCCUCCUGCCCGAGUUAUCGACUAUGGUUCAGUUUGUAUGGCUCCUAUGCCUGGUUUGGUUCGGUCCUUUGCAGUCAAAGCAGGUGAUCGAGUGAAUGAAGGUCAAGAAGUGUGUAUAUUAGAGGCUAUGAAAAUGCAAAACAGCAUAACAGCAUCUAGAUCGGGAGUUAUUAAAAAAGUCCACUUCAAAGCUGGUGAUUCUGUCGGUGAAGGAGAUAUUUUAGUUGAGUUAGAAAAUUAAUAAAGUUAUCAACAUUAUACAAAUGAAUCAUUAGUGAAAUAUUUCCACAAAAACUGUAAUUAGUCUUUCUCUUUACUCUUCUUUUUUCAUCCAUUUUUUAUUCAUGAUAUUCAUUUUGAUUUUAAUAGAUUUAUUUUUUCGCAUACAAAUUUUACUUACUGAUAUGUUUCUUUUAUUGUAAAUAGUUUUGUUUUAUUUAUCAACGAGUAGUAUCUUUUGCAUUUAUCGAUUAGGCUUGUUACAAAAAGUGAAAAUAAUUUUUCCUACUAGCCAACGAUUAUUUCCUAUUGUGUUAUAUAUAUAAAUAUAUAUAAAUACAUUUCUCCA